CAGCUGAUUCUUUAUUUACCACUUAAUUUUCGAUGGAAAAAAAACGAAAGCACGCAGUGAAUUAGAAAUUGGUUAGUUAAAUAAAUACAUUUUCCCAGCUGAAAAAUGUUUGGAAACCUGAAAAAGAAGCUAAGCAGUGCGAUACAAGAGGGCCUGGUGAUAUCGGAGAAUCUGCAUCAACAAUACCGCCAGCGUGUCAGUUCCGGGAAGUCGGGGAGCACCCAAACCAGUGGGAUUACGACCCCUACAUCCCCAUUGGGUCUCAAUGAGAGUCUUUCCUCGAGUAGAAGCAGUAAUCUCUCUCUAAGUGCUCCCUUCCAGUUAACCGACGGAGUUCCCACUCAUCUAAAUGUAGCAGCGGGUUGCAGUUUGUUGGCCAAGUACGAGGACGAUUGGCAGCAAAUCCAUGGUACCAACGAGGAGAAUGCGGAGAAAGCGGCGGAGAUAGCCACACAAAUCUCAGGUGUUCAGAAAAAUGCCAGCAAUCAGCGCAAAAUUAUCAGUGAGCUGAACAGCAGUCUGGCAGGGAUUCCCACGUUGAUUUCCCAACUUCAAGCCAGUACAAAGAUACUCAAGUCGCUUGAGGAAAUGGGUCAGAAAUUAGAGGUUGAGCUGGAAAAGCUGGAGGAUCUCUGUGAGGAAUGUGAGCUCCAGGAGUUCAUCCUCGAGCAACAGUUUCAACUUUCGCGGCACAAGCAAAAGAAGCUUAACGAACUAGAACAGUACCGCCAGCAAAUAGCCUCCAAACACCAAACUAAGAUCAAGGAUCAGGAGCAGAAACUAUUAAAGCUGCAAAGAGAGCGCCAGGCUGUCUUUGAAGACGCGUUUCGAGGGGACAUGGAGGAGUACAAACAGCAUGGCCAGCUGACAAAAAUUCAAACCACCAGCAACAGGUUGGCUUUAGAAGAAGUUGUCCUUGAAGCCAACGAGGUGGAAACAAAGGAUGCUCUCGAGCAAUUUCUAAAUGGUUAACACUUUACUUCUCGCAAAAGACUUCAGUUUGUGCCUUCAAGUGCAAUAAGCAAAGUAAAUUGUUUAAAUAUUUUAAUGGGGAUUCCAAAAACAAAAACCAUUCAUUUAAGCACUGAAAAUAUUGUGUAAUAGUUUGCACUACAACUUAACACCAGAACAAAUGUAUACAAGGGAAUUAGACUCCCAUAUUAAGAAGCAGUGCCAAAGCUUAUUCAUCAUAAAUAAUGAACAUUUUGAAAGUUGCAAUCAAAUCGAAAGCACAGGAAUCCCCCUAGUAUUUACAAUUUACCAAGUUCAUUGAUGUGGCAACGCCACCCAAUGUCUUGACAGCAUUUUAAAUGAACAUUGUUUUUAUUAUACGUAGCUUUUUUCCCGUUUUAAUAGUGUACACCUGCAGAUGCCUUGUAUUUGUAUGAAUAUAUUAAAAUAGUCAAAACAUA